AUGGUGACCGCACACACGGUCAUUAAAUACGUGUUUGUAACUCUACUUUGUGUUUUAAACUCGACUAUCACUUCUGCAACAAACUUUAAUUCCCAGGGUCAGCUGGUAGGCUUCCUACAGCGACAGGGAUAUAUAAAGUCCAAGGCCGUUAUAAAUGUGAUGCUUGACGUUGAUCGUAAAAUCUUUUGUCAGACUCGGCCAUACGAAAAUCAACCACAGACAAUCGCAGAAGGUGUUAAGAUCAGCGCGCCAAUGGUACACGGAAUGGUUUUGGAAGCAUUAACACCACGUCUCGAAGAAGGCACAAGAGUAUUAUGUGUUGGUUGUAGCAGUGGAUACCUCAUAGCAUGUUUAUCUCUUUACUUAGAUAGAGACACUGGUUCUGUUACAGGAGUUGAAAGCAAACAAGAAGUGACUAAUCUGAAUAAAAAAAAUAUACGAGAAUGGAUUUAUACUAGCGAAAUAUUGCGAAGCCUUCGUAUAAGAACAGAAACUCAUUUCCAUUACCUAACUUACAAAAAUAAACUCGAUGAGGUGCUUGAAGGAGAGUUUUAUGUAAUUUAUUACAAUGGAGCCGACAGAAGCUUUAUUGAUGUAUUAAAAAAACAUUUGGGAUAUAGUGGUCGGAUGAUUUAUAGGAAAGGAUCCGAAGAAGGAGAUCAAGAAUUAUAUAGAAUAGAUCACGUGAAACCAAAUGAAUUUCGUGAAGAAUUGGUGGCUCGUAUACCAUUAGUUAAGCCUAAAGUGGAGAAAGAAGACGGAAAAGGAAGAGAAGAAGGGAAACAUGUGUACGAAGACUUUCCAAUUGACCAUUACGCUGACGAAUUAGACGACAUAUUGUUUACAUCAAUUCAAAUUAAGCAUAUACCAGGCAUUAAAGUACUCCUGUUGCUACUACUGUGUACUAUCAUAAUCUCCUUCAUCAGACUGUAUUAA